AUGUUUACCAGUGGGUUUGUUUUGUUGUGCCUGUUAAGCACUGUGCGAUGUGGCUACCGUCAAGAUGAUACAGAGGAGUCAGAAUGGACAUGGUUAGAUACAGAUCCUAUCGUGAAGUCACCGCAGGGACAAUUUACUGGUGUAGCUAGAUUGUUUUCUCAUGAUGACCUUGAAGGUGAUUGGCUAGUGCACGUAUACAUGGGGAUACCGUACGCUGAGCCACCUAUUGGAGAGUUAAGGUUUCAACCACCUAAGGCCAAGGUCCCAGUCGGUGACUGGGAUGCAACAUAUUUCCGUGAAGUGUGCCCACAACUUAGUCUGCCUGUGUUUGAGUCUCAAGCGACUGACGAAAACUGUCUGUAUCUGAAUAUAUUUGUACCACAAUCAUCUGAAGCAGUGGCUUCUAAGAAAGCGGUGGUGAUAUGGAUGCAUGGAGGGGCAUUUUACAUAUCAUCUGGAUCUGCACCAGAGCAUGAUGGGACGGUUAUGUCAGCACUCGGUAACAUCAUAGUAGUAACCAUCAACUACAGGCUAGGUCCACUUGGUUUUCUGAGUACAGGUGAUGAAGUUGCCACUGGUAACUAUGGCUUACUAGAUCAGCGUCAAGCUAUCAUAUGGGUCAGGGAGAACAUAGAAGCAUUUGGUGGCGACAUUGAUAGGAUCACAGUGAUGGGUGAGUCAGCUGGAGCUGCCAGUAUUGGACUUCAUUUACUUUCACAUGGCAGCCGAGGAUUGUUUAAAAGAGCCAUAAUGCAGAGUGGUUCUGGACACUCACCAUGGGCUAUUGUGCCUUCAUCUGAAGUGGCGAGAAAGAGAUCUUUUGCGCUUGGUGAGCUAGUUGGAUGUAGCCACACAACAACCAGUCAGCUGAUUCAGUGUCUACGUCAAGUGCCAGCAGAUUCUCUAGUACAAGCACAGCUUCUGGUAACCAAUAAAACAGGCGAAGCGAAAAAUGCUAUCGCAUUUACACCUAUCGUAGAUGGCGUAUUUUUAGCCGAUACUCCAACAAAUUUGUUUGAGCAGAAGAACCCUGUCAACCAGGCUGACAUUCUGAUAGGAUCAAAUGCGGAUGAAGGAACAAUGUCAUUGCUUUUUAUGUUUCCACACCUCUCUAACAUCACUAAUCCUGUCAUCAAUCAUACAAUUUUCGACCAUGUCACGCCACAAAUUAUCUACAACAACCACAACUCAUUGAUAUUGGAGAGUAUUAAGUUCAUGUACACGGACUGGAACACUGCUGACUCUGAACACACCAAUUAUUUCCAAUCACUGUCUCAGAUGUCUGGAGAUGAAAGUUUCACUUGUCCUGCAGAUUUGUUUGCAAAGCAGUAUUUUGAGCGUGGCAACACUGUAUAUAUGUAUCAUUUCUCUCAUCAUCCAAGUACCUCUAUUUAUAAUACAAGUUGGUUAGGCGCAAGUCACGCUGAAGAGAUACCCUUUGUGUUUGGAUGGCACUUUCACAGACACAUGGAUAUGGUGUACAAACCGGAGGAAUUCUAUUUAUCCUUAUAUAUCCUGAGUUAUUGGACCAGCUUUAUUAAAACUGGUAAUCCCACAACUUACAUGGAAGGUCAAAGAACACCAGAUAUUCCUGAAUGGCCCCCAUUUACUGUCCCAGAUCUACAGUAUAAGAUUUGUCGGUUGGCUUGGAAACCAGACGAGCACUAAAAGCUCCACAGUGUCAGUUUUGGAACUCAUAUUUACCUAGUCUGGUAAAACAUACAGCAUGUAAACAUACACCAACAGAAACAAAGCCAAAGAAGAAAAAAACCUGUUAUGUGGAUACUUUUAUCGAUGAUUUUUGUUUGCCCUGAUAAAUCCUUUGCAAGCAAGCAGUCAAGUGUUCACUAUUUUAGAUUUCCAAAAAGUGUGACUUGUAUAGCGAACAACAAAUAAUAUAUAUAUAUAUUGUGAUAAGUUGUGUUGUACUGUGCAAUAAAGUUGUCUCAUAUGUCAAAACAUGA